AUGUUUUAUCUACCGAUCACUCUACUCCUUAUAUUGCUCAGUCUUACAUUUUAUUAUUUAUUUCUUCGAAAACUACGAUAUCAAUAUUUUCAUCGCCGUGGUAUUCCUACACCACCUUUUCGCUUCUUCUUCGGACACAUAAAAACAUUAUGGAACGUUCCAUCUUUUCAUCGUCAACUCGAGAGUUGGACACAACAAUACGGCAAAAUCUAUGGAAUCUAUCAAGGUGCCACUCCCACGUUUGUUGUUAGUGAUCCUGAUUUCCUACAAGAAGUAUUCGUCAAACAGUUUCUUAAUUUUCCUGCACGAAGAGAAAUUUUAGCCGGUAACACAUUUAAAAACGUGUUCUCUUCAGCUGGUGCGACGUGGCGUCGACAUCGCCAUGUAAUCAAUCCGACGUUCUCAGCAGCCAAACUAAAGAUGAUGAGCCCACUGAUCAAUGGUUGCAUCACAAAUGCAAUGGAAAAGUUAAGCAACCAUGCGCAGAGCGGAGAGGAUUUCAAUAUUUAUACAUAUUACAAACGAAUGACGAUGGAUGUCAUAUGUAGAUGUGCUUUUGGAAUCGAUACCGAUUUACAAAAUAAUCCAGACAAUAUUUAUUUCAAGAAAGUGGAGCAAAUCUUUGUUCGUAGUUUUCGCUUAAAUCCUGCAGUUAAGUUUUCACAACUUGUUCCCGAAAUGUCACGUUUAGUUGGCAUUCGUUAA